GGGAGCUGGCGACCCUUUAUAUAGACGGCAAAGCCCUGCUUUACGACAUAGGUGCCCCUGGCAGUUACCUACGUGGAAUACCUACCUUGGAAUUUGGAAUGUGGCUACGAUAGAUCAUUAUGCGAGGAGAGUCGGCUUGCAAAGGCUUAUGCGUCUUCUCAAUUUUUUUCUUUCUCCUUUUUUUUUCUUUCAAGACAGUGCAACGCAGACUGAUCCGGCUAAGUAAAUGGGUUUUAUUUUGGGGACAGAACACGUUGGGUUUUCAUGCAGUACUUAGUUUCCCGCUUUUUCACGCGGGGGCUACAGAUGCUUGGUAUUGUGGGAUAAGAUCUGUACCUGCCUAAUCUUGGGUAGUCCAGGAACUGAAGCAUCCUUGAAUGAGAUAGUUAUAUGAUAUU